AUGCAACUUUACAAAUUGUAUUGCAAUCACUCAACGAAAAUAAAAGUGUAAUUGAGUAAGAGAGCUAAAACCAUGGGGAAGGUUAUGAGAGCUUUAGGAAUGUCGUUUUUAGUGUUAUCACUUGUGGUGGUGUUUAUCGGAUUAGCUGAGGGAAGACAAUUGGAGGAGAAAAAUAAGUUGGAUAAGGAGGGUUGUGAAGGAGGGGAAGGUGGCUUGGGUUAUGGGGGAGGCAUUGGGGGCGGUAAAGGAGGCGGCAUUGGGGGUGGAUAUGGAGGUGGUGCUGGAGGAGGUCAUGGAAGUGGUGGUGGCUAUGGAGGAGGACAUGAAGGUGGUGGUGUAGGAGGAGGCUAUGGAGGUGGUGCAGGAGGGGGUGCUGGUGGUGGAUAUGGAGGUGGCCAUGAAGGUGGUGGUGUAGGAGGUGGUUAUGGAGGAGGACAAGGAGGUGGUGUAGGAGGAGGUGCUGGUGGAGGUUAUGGAGGAGGACAUGAAGGUGGUGGUGUCGGAAGCGGUGUUGGUGGUGGUUAUGGAGGAGGCGGUAAGGGUGGAGGCAUUGGAGGUGGUCAUGGAGGUGGAGUUGGUGGUGGUUAUGGAGGAUGUGUUGGAGGUGGCCACGGAGGUGGUUUAGGUGGUGGAUAUGGUUCUGGAGGAGGCAAGGGUGGAGGUGUCGGAGGUGGACAUGGAGGUGGAGUUGGUGGCGGUUAUGGAGGAGGUGUAGGAGGUGGUCACGGAGGAGGAGUUGGUGGUGGUUAUGGAGGCAAAGGAGGAGGUCUUGGAGGAGGAGUAGGAGGUGGCCAUGAAGGUGGUGUUGGUGGUGGUUAUGGAGGUGGAGUAGGAGGUGGCCACGGAGGCGGUGUUGGCGGUGGUUAUGGAGGUGGCCAUGAAGGCGGUAUUGGUGGAGGCCAUGGAGGUGGUGUUGGUGGUGGCUACGGAGGGGGCAUUGGUGGUGGUGCCGGCGAAGGUGCUGGUGGUGGCUAUGGAGGAGGUCAUGGAAGUGGAAUGGGAGGAGGAAUUGGUGGUGGAUAUGGCCACGGAGGAGGUGUAGGUGGUGGCUAUGGAGGUGGCCAUGAAGGAGUUGGAGGUGGCUAUGGAGGAGGACAUGGAGGUGGCUAUGGAGGUGGAGCUGGUAGUGGUGCUGGUGGAGGAGCCGGAGCUGGAGGUGGCUAUGGAGGUGGUUAUGGUGGAGGCCAUGGAGGAGGAUAUGGAGGUGGUGGUGGUUAUUAAGGUUGAGUUUCAUGAGGUAUCAUUCAUCAUUAGAUGCAAUCGUCCGAUUAUUAUUGGAUCAAAUAGUAGCUAGUUAAGUAUUGUAAAAGUCAUGCAUGCACAUGCUUGACUUGUUCGUAAAUUUAUUUACGUAAGAAAGUCCUUAGGCUAGGAAAUAAAAUAUGAUGUAUCUUUUUCUAUCGUAAAGAUAAGUUUGCUUCUGAUAAGCUGAGAAAUUAUGGCUAGCAUCUAUAUCAUCACUUCAUAAACAUACAUAAUGAUAUAUCAAGCAUUGUUCUCCGUUUUUUCUAAACUCGUGGGGCUGUUAGUUUGUGACAAAUAA